AUGGGGAAUAUGUUAGUUACUGAAUACUACACCAAGUUUAUUGAGUUGUCACGAUUUUCUAAGGAGUCUGUUUCUACAAAAAAGUCUAAGGCUAGAAAGUUUGAGAGUGGUCUGACUACUGAUUUGCAGUUAAAGCUAUGCGGUCAAGUAUUUGAAACCUUGGAUAAAGUGUAUGAGAGAGCUGCACACCUAUAUGCCUUAGAAUUAAAGAAAAAGAAAGAGAUAACUGAGAUAGAAGGGAGAGAAAAGAGAAAAGAGGUGGGACAGAAUUUUGGAAAUCUGCAAGGUAACCAGAACAACUUUAAGAAGCAAAAUUACCACCAUAAUAACAACAACUUCCACGACAACAAUAAUUUCCAAGGCAACAAUCGCCAAGGUGGACGGAUCUUUAAUGGUGGAGCUAGGAGCUCUAGCCAGGGAAAUAACAAGGGAGCAAGGCAUUUCUAUUGUAAGAAAUGUAAGAAUGACCACCCUAGAAGGGAUUGUGAUGGGAAUUUGGUUACCUGUCGAGCUUGCAACAAGCUAGGACAUAGGGAGUAUGAAUGUUUCUCCAAGUACACCAAUAGAAACAGACAGGGAAAUAAUCAAGGUGGGGCUCAAAAGAACUUUCAAAGAAGUAACAACUAUUCUAGGAACAAGGGAGCACAACAGAAUGCGGCGAAACCCAACAAUAAUAAUGGUAACAACCAACAAAAAGGUAGGGCUGCAGGAAAGUUGAAUGUUAUGAGUAGGCAUGAGACUGAUUCCACGAAAGAUGUCAUCACUGGCUAUUGUUUCAAAACUAUCAAACUGUUUGAGAACCGUAGAUAA